CACAAUCCGUGGACGAUGGAUCAAAACAAAUUCCCAUGCCAUAUAGAAAGCAGCAGUCAUCGUGAUCGCGCACUCGCUCCUUUCAGCAGUCAAGUACGUGUUAAUUUACUUUUUCCCGUUGUUUUCUAUUUUUUUGCUGAGUACUCAUUGCAACAAGUAGAAAAUCAGCUUACAAUGUCACUUAUGCGCAAAUUGGACGUCAUCAUCUUUGGGGCGUCCGGAUUCACCGGCAAGUACACGGUUUAUGAGGGAGUGAAACUCCUCGCCAACACGAGCUGGGCCAUUGCCGGUCGUACUAAGUCCAAAUUGGAGGCCGUCCUGGUGGAAAUGGGUCGUAAAUCUGGCACAGAUUUAUCCCACAUCCCGAUUGUGCUGGCCGACGUGGAUGACCAGCAGUCACUGGUUCGGAUGGCCCAGCAAUGCAAGAUUGUGGUGAACUGCUGCGGACCGUAUCGACUGUUUGGGGAGCAGAUGAUCAAGGCAUGCCUGGAAGCUGGAACGCAUCAUGUGGACGUGAGUGGGGAGCAGCAGUUUUUGGAAGGGAUGCAGCUGAAGUAUCACGAGGCGGCGAAGCAGAAGGGGAUCUAUCUGGUAUCGGCCUGUGGAUUCGAAAGUAUUCCAGCGGAUAUGGGGACACUGUUUGUGGAGAGAGAAUUCGAUGGGGGUGUUGUCAACUCGGUUGAAUGCUAUGUGUGCACCAGGAUGAAGCGAAAGUCACUGUUGGGGGCGAUUCACUAUGGAACGUGGGCAUCGGCUGUUCAUAUGAUCGCAAACAUGAAGGAGGUUGGCCAGAUCAGACGGGAGCUGUUCAAAGUUAAGUUGCCCGAGCUGUUUCCUAGGCUGAAGGAACGACCGGCGAUCCAUAAGUCGAGUGGAAACAAGUGGUCGCUCCCGUUAGUCGGCCCAGAUCGAUCGUGUGUUCUGAGAACGCAACGGUUUUUGUACGAGACGGAGAGAAAAAGACCAGUGCAGAUGAGGACUUACAUUUCAUUCGGAGGUGUGGCGGAGGCGCUGGUGGUUUCCUUUGUUGCGAUCGUAUUCUGGCUACUGGUAAAGACCACCUUCGGUCAACAAUUGCUCCUCAAGUAUCCACGAGUGUUUUCGUUGGGUUUAGUUUCCCACCAAGGUCCAUCAGAUGAAGCGAUGAACAAUACUCAUUUUUCGAUGUACUUUGAGGGACGUGGCUGGGAAGAGAACCUAUCGGAUCCCUUUGAUAAAUAUGUGUACCCUCCCAACAAGAUCGUACGAACCAAAGUAACCGGAACAAACCCUGGAUAUGGUGCCACCUGCGUAGCUCUGCUGCUAUCGGCAAGAACUAUUCUGAAGGAGACAGCCAAAUUGCCAGGAAACGGCGGUUAUCUGACGCCGGGUGCAGCAUUCGCCAAAACUAAUCUGAUUGCCGAGCUUUGUGAUAAUGGAUUUACAUUCGAGGUGCUGUCAAAAUCAAAGAUUGAGCGAAGUAACGAGUGAUAACGUUAAUAUUCAUUCUAACUAAUGUUUCUCUGUGUAUUGGUUUUUGUUAUACUUUAAACUUGUUCGAUAAACUGAUCAUGAUUGUUUGUUUACCACAAAA